AUGGAGCGUGUUAUGUUGCUGUCGUUUCUUCUGUUUGGGGCGAUCACAUCGACCUAUGCAGAUGGAAAAAAUGACCACCAUGUCUGUGUAGCCUGGUGUGCGUCUAAAUUCGACCAUUCUCUGGCUGAAUGUAUAAUGCUUGCAGGGCAUGGAAAAGGCCCUUGCUAUGAGUGCGGUCCCUUGAAAUCCUCUGACAGCUGGCGAUUUCACAAUGGCAAGUGUGUUGAAGCUCGUGAUGACAAGCACGAAAAAAGCACCAAGUUUGCGCCAACGACUUUGAAAACAUCGGUUGUGCGUUAUCCUACUGAGGCAUAUCCUACGAAGGCGUACCCUACCAAAUAUCCCACAAAGCUGUACCCUACUGAGGAAUAUCCUACCGAGGUGAAUCCUACCGAAUGGUACCCUACCAAGCAUCAUACGAAGCCAUAUCCCACCGAGGUGAAUCCCACCGAUUGGUACCCUACCAAGCAUUAUGGGAAGCCAUAUCCCACUGAGGUGUAUCCCACUGAGGAGUAUCCCACUGAGGUGUAUCCCACUGAGGUGUAUCCCACUGAGGUGUAUCCCACCGAGGUGAAUCCCACCGAUUGGUACCCUACCAAGCAUCAUACGAAGCCAUAUCCCACCGAGGUGAAUCCCACCGAUUGGUACCCUACCAAGCAUUACGGGAAGCCAUAUCCCACUGAGUACCCCACCGAGGUGUAUCCUACUGAUGUGUAUCCCACCGAUUGGUACCCGACCGAUGUGUACCCGACCGAUGUGUACCCGACCGGGAAGUAUCCCACUGAUGUGUAUCCCACUGAGGUGUAUCCCACUGAGGUGUAUCCGACUGAGGUGUAUCCCACCGAUUGGUACCCUACCAAGCAGUAUGGGAAGCCAUAUCCCACUGAGGAGUAUCCCACCGAGGUGUAUCCUACUGAGGUGUAUCCCACCGAAACUCAUAUCACCAAAACCAAGACCAGAACUAAAACUCGAACUCACACGCCUAGCACCUCAACUCGUGAGACUUCUGUUAGCCCUAUCGCCACCACUACUACCACGAGCAAGCACCAUACUACGACCAAGCACCAGACUACGACCAAGCACGAGACUACAACCAAGCACCAGACUACAACCAAGCACCACACCGCCACUGUCAGCCCAGUGACUACUACUACUACCACAACUAGGCAUCAUACUACGACCAAGCACCAUACCACCACUGCCAAACCAGUGAUGACCUAUCAUUAA